AUGAACUCUCCUGAUGAUGUUUCUGAGAAUCCGUGUUUCCUACCGGUAGUUCUGGAGAAACAACGCUUCACCACACUACUCGACCAUGAAUUAUGUAACUUGAAGUCGAUUAGAAAUCCCCAGGAUUAUCUACCCGCUUCUUUCACAGCCGUCCUUUCGUCUUCCGAGCCUUCUCAGGGUCGUUUUUACAUCAGUUCUCUGCUACGACAAGUCACUGAAGAAGCACUGUCCAAAACACUGAAGGCGAUAUACGAGCCGGAAGAUGCGGCCGAUGACAGUUUUAUUGGAAACACGCUUACAGUUGAAGACGUUAUCCUCCAUGAAGAAUACAUUUAUGUUUUGGAUGGUGUUUACAAGCGGGGAGAGGUCGAAGAGGUUAUUUAUUCUGAGCCUCCAGUAAUUCGUAUCAAGAAUCGAGAUUUCCCGCAGAAGAUCGACGAAAUUGGCCUUUCCGGCCUUCGAACAACUGAAAAGUACUUCAAAUCUACUGCACGUUCAAUUGGUUUGAUGGGGAUGGAGGUUUUUGUACCGGGUAAGGCGUGACGGGCAAAGUUAAUGUAUUUCAGCUGGUUUUCGGUUUGACAAUGACUGGAUGCGAAGGGCCAGAAAGGGAGAAGCCGUUGAUGUUACAGUUUUUAACAUGAGUGAACCGUUCUACGGCGUUUUCGAGAGGGGUAAGUUUAUCUUCGCCGUUUUGCACAACUUUUCCAGCCAUGGAUGUCACAAGUCCAUUCAACGCAAUCACUCUGGGUAGAGAGAUAUUCGAAGAAGAUUACCAGACCUGGGUGAGGGUUUUGUCGGAACAAAGUCGCAAAGUUUGCAAAAGGGGGUCUUACCCAUACCUGACUCGGCAAUUGACUGAAGGAAGGGUGACGUGUUUUGUAAUUGGACAUGAAAAAAAUAUCCUUUAUGUCAGAGACACUGGUAGGUUUUACUAUGAGUAUUAGUUAUUUUUUCAGAGUGUUUCUUGGCUCUGAGUAUAUUGAAGAUGGUUCUCGCUUCGUAUGGGGCUCAAGGGAUGGCCGACGAAUUUGCAGUGCAGGAUCAAAGGGACCUGCGGGUUGGCUGUGCUUAUGUCAUCAGAGACUCAGAAACUGGCGUAAGUACGUUUCCUUUAUUCUAAUUUUUUAGUUAUUUUUUCGAUCUCAACUUAUCCAGGCCACUGGCAAUCGUCUAAUCUUUAGCAGUGUUGACUAUCCAUCGAAAGCACCGAAGGAAUUUUUAUUCAGUGACGUUUACCAGCGACAAAUAUUCUAUCCAUUUGAAAGUCUCCUCUUCCCCCGUUUGGUAGGCUAAAUUACAAUAUUAUCUAUGUUUUUUAAAACUUUUUGUUUUAGUAUACAACUGUGAGCGUCACCGACUUCAAAAGUUCAGAUUCAGAUGUCUAUGAUGAUGCGAUUGGAAUGCCCCUCACUCUUGAGUACGAUGCCGAGAACAGAUCAUAUUACUCCGAAAUCAGAACUAAUCUUGUAGAAAAUUCAGAGGAAUAA